UGCAUGCCGAGUAUCGCGCAGCUGGAGCAAAGGCAUAACCUCAUUGCUAUACAAGCACGUCACGUUGGCUACUCCCGAGCAAGUUCGCCUCUUUCUCAGGAUUCUGAGGACAAGUCAAUGCCCAAUUGAGCUCGUGGAGAAGAUAAUUCCGGUAGAUCACAGAAAGAUCUCGAUGGAUCAGAACGUAGACACCUACAAUCGCCGUGUUUUGGUUCAAAUGCGCGAGGACGUUCGUUCCGUCUUCUCUAUCCGCAAAGGCGUUCAGGGCUUCACCGUCAAUUUCAACCGCACGUCUGACCCUAUCGGUGACGUGGUCGCGAAGGAUUGAUUGCUCUUAUAAACCUGGACCUUCGAUACAUGGUCAUCGACGGUUCGAACACUCACUUCUUGUAUAGCAAUCCUCUUGCCCCUCGCUUCCUUUGUCGUCUCGAGUCGAUUUGCUAUCAUUACCUUUAUCAUCCCGUUGGCCAACGCCUAAGCGACUUCCCUGCCCUUAAAAGUCUCCAGUUCGCUCACGGCUAUUGCGAAAUCAAUCCGGUUAAGCUGACGACGUCUCUGGCAGAGUUGCAAUCGUUGCGCACAUUGGCGCUGUAUAACAUUGUGUUUGGACCUCAUAGUACUACACCGCUGAUGGCUGAGCCCGACAACUGCGCUCUCGUAUCCGCGAGGUCUCCAAUGCAUCCAUCUGGUUGGAGAGCAUGUAAUGCAGAUCAUAGAGUUCUGGGUUUGAGCGGGACAUACGAAAAGCAUCCAGACGUUGGUCCUUAAACCUAUGGAACCCGAACACGACUUCCUGUUGAUCUGGGACUUCCCGGAGCAUCUGGCUAGUUUGACCAUCCUCAUCCCUUGUGCAGCCGCGGUUGGCGCGCACUCUGCCACCACUUUCAGUUCUGCAGCUGUCAUCUCACGCUGGUUGGAAUGGGAUUGCCGGUCCUAAUCAGCACACGAUGCUUUGAAGCGCAUUGGCACUGUGCUGGUGGAUUGUGCUUUGCAUAAUAAGUUGAAGCGUGGGCUGGUCGAUAUGACCGUUAACAUGGACCGGAGAAUAUGUCCAAUAAUGGACGAGAUUCGUAACCAUCGCUCCGUCCUCGGUGUCCUCCUACAAAUUGGCCCAACUAUAAUCAACAUCGAUAAUUGGUUGUGUCGUACUCUGAACCUACAUCAGAUACAAAG